AAAUGCCCGCUUAAUUUUUGCCCGCGUUGUGAAAAUAUCCCAAAAUCAAAUUGGCCGGAGAGAAACCAGAGAGAGAGAGAGAGAGUGAGAGGCGUGGUUACCGUUGGGGAGAGAGAUUGAAGAAGAUGCCCAAGAACGAAUUCAAAACGUCGAAAUCGACGAGGAAGCCACUGAGGGACGUCUCCAAUGGCGCAAGGCCCUCGAAAUCAGUGAAGAAGAAAGCCCCCGAAGACGACGAUCAAGCCCAAGACGAAGCCCUCGAUCGCCUCCUUCUAGUCCACUCCGAUCUCUCCUCUCUCAUUCACCAGAUUGAUGAACAUGUUGUGCAAGCUCUCAAAGUAGCGCCGAGCAAAAAGGGAAGAAAGGAAAUUGUAUCUUUCACACAAGUCUUGUCGGAAAUCCAGUCCUCUUUGAAGCCGUGGGCUCCCAUACUUCAGAAAGCACUCUCCAGUCACCCUGGUGGUUCCGAGAAUCUGUUGGGACAACCUUUGGAUAAUAGGGCAGUUCCUAUUUUAGAUGAAGGCAAGAGUGAUGUAGUUCAGAGUUCAGAACAAACCAAACUCGACUCCUUGGUCUCUCCUUCACCACUAGUGUCAUGGCGUGCUGACUGUACUGCCGAGGGUGGUAGGCAGUUGUUUCUGCUCACGCCUUUGCCAAGACCGAAAGCGUUUUCGUCCAACCUGCAAGGCUCAUCUCAAUGGGUUAUGAAAAAGAUAACAUCUACUACUGCUGGGGUACCGUCUGUCAGUGCUAUUUCUGGAGAUACAACCGAUAAUAAUGUUGAAGGUCUGGCAGUAAAAUCAAGUAAAGUUGCCAAUGCUGUUGAGAACGAAAGGGAAAGCAAUUUGAAACCUCAAUUCGCUUCUCUGCCAAAAUUGUCAAAAAUGGACUGCUCUGCGCUUGUUAUGACUCCAUGCCUCAAAAUGUCACCACCUAAGUCGUGUGUAUUGCUUGAGCCCAUUUCUGAACUAUCUCACAAAGAUACUCGUGGGGUCCAAAAAUCAACGCCAUUUCCUGUAACGAUUAAAGAGUUUUGUAGGCUGCAACUCUCUGAAUCCUCAAGCAGUGAAGGGUCAGAGGAGUUGGCUUUGAAAUAUCCAGAACUUUUUGGGAUACAACCACCGCAUAAAUUGGGAAACGGAAGGACAGGGGUAGAAGCUUCGCCAGAUUGGUUUAUGUCACCUCCUAAAACUUGUGUUCUAAUGGAGCCGCCUGAGGAGAAAUCAUUUACUAAUGCUACUAGCAAUUGUCGGUUGCCAAGAACUGCUUGUGUCCAAAAUCAGCAAGCACACUCGUCUUUCGUGAGAGCAAAAAAUGAUGUUCAAAGUUAUAACUAUGUAAAUUGGAAUUCACAUAAUGAAGAACUUGGUGGCGGCUUAACUCUAAUUGAGAGCACUCCCAUGUGGAAGGAACCCGAAACUGCUCUUCGAACAGGGAAGCGUCCAGGAGAGAACACUUUGAAGAAGGAGUUGUGGACAAGGUUUGAAGCAGCAACUAGCCAUGGGACACGUGUUGAUGACUCGCCUCUCCAAGAAUCUGCUCAGAAAGGAUUUCUCGACAGAUUGGAGGAGGUUUCUUGUGAUGAGACAAGUUCCAAGUAUUAGAGAUGGUAAACAUGAUGUUUGUGGGCAAAUGUUGGAUUGUAGGUACUGUUGUGUCAUCGGGUUGAGGGAGGCUUCGGGAAUGUUGUUUUUCGUCGAGUAUUGCAGAAAUACUGUAGGAAUAUUGAUAGCCAAGGAGCAAGGGGUAUUGUACCCUCUUCCGUUUUGUACUAAUUCACCUGCCAUUACGUCUUCACUCUGUGAACACUAGUGACACUGAUACCCUCGCCUCCUAUGUUUAGUCUCUGGAUAGCAAGUUUUGAGCAUGAAGCGAAAUAUAUCAGUUUGGAGCUGGCUAACAGUAGUCUAAUCCUCCUGUUAGCCGUAUUCUUGUAUCUAGGUUUUUUCUAUAACAGCUGCCUGUAUCCCAUGCAAGGGCAGGUGACAAACUAUUUACUAUUUCCCUGCAA